UGGUGUAACAGUCUUUUCGGUCAACUCUGGACGGCCUGCGCAUGUGACGUGAUCACACGGAGACGAACAAAGCCCUAGCAGCCGUUUUAGACUCAUGACGUCAUCGUCCAACGUCUACAGGGGCCCCUCCGCAGCUGCCAGACCUCACCGCGUGGUGUGGCGUGACCAAGGCGUGACGCCCAGUCAGGCCCUUCCGGACCCGGGGUCCGGACCGGACGGGUUCAGAGCAGAGGCGUGCCCAGGUCAACAGCAGCGACUGAGGUCAGGGGCGCGCUCAGAGGAGCCAGUGCCACUCGUGCUCUGCAGCCGACCCUCCCAGGUGUCUGGUGACGCCUCUGGCAGCGGCCGGCGGUGGCCUCAGGGCGGUUCGCACCGGUUUUGAGCCGCCGGCGACCAUCGACCGCCGCCGGCAGUCGCGCGCCGGCCGCCGGGGGGUGCGUACUGUCGCCGACGGAAGGACUCGUCGGUCACUCACGGGGUGCUCAGAGGAGCGCCGCAGCUCCCAGAGGCGGGUUUAGACUCGCAGCUCACUGUGGCCCGUCUGAGCUGCCGCAGCUAUGCUGACCGCCGGGGUGCGUGUGGCGGCCCGUCGCCGGCCGCGCCGCCUGCAGCAGCUCUGCCGAACCAUGUCGGUGGGUCACGCGGGAACGUCCGAUAAGUUUAUACCGAAGAACCCCGACUUCCAGGCGCGUCACAUCGGCCCCCGGGACGGCGACCAGCGGGAUAUGCUCCACUCGCUGGGAUUCCAGACACUGGAUGAGCUCAUUAAGAACACCGUACCUCAGAAUAUUAUGCUGAAAAAUCCUCUCAACAUUGAAGAACCCCAGAGUGAGCACGAGCUGCUGGAGCGGAUCCAGAAGAUUGCGCAGCGGAAUCAGAUCUGGCGCUCAUACAUCGGCAUGGGCUACCACAACUGUCGCGUGCCCCACACCAUAAUGCGCAACAUGUUCGAAAACCCCGGCUGGACCACGCAGUACACGCCCUACCAGCCGGAGGUGGCGCAGGGCCGGCUCGAGUCGCUUCUCAAUUAUCAGACGAUGGUCAGCGACCUGACCGGUCUGAGCACGGCCAACGCCUCGCUGCUGGACGAAGGCACCGCCGCCGCCGAGGCCAUCGCCAUGUGCUUCAGAGUAAACAAGCGGCGCAGAGUGCUGGUCUCCGAGAAGCUGCACCCUCAGACCAUCGCCGUGGUGAAGACCCGGUGCCAGCCGCUGGGUCUGCACAUUGAAGUAGGCGACCUGGCCUCUAUGGACCUGAGCGCCGGCGAUGUGACCGGGAUCCUGUUCCAGUAUCCGGAUACAGAGGGCUCCAUCGAGGACCACUCGGAGCUGGUCAGGCGCGCACACGAAGCGGGGACGCUGGUGUGCUGCGCCACGGACCUUAUGGCACUGGCCAUUUUGAAGCCCCCGAGAGAGUUCGGGGUCGACAUCGCCCUGGGCACCAGCCAGCGGCUCGGCGUGCCCCCCGGCUACGGAGGACCCCACGCCGGCUUCUUCGCGUGUCAGGCACACCUGGUGCGCAACAUGCCCGGCAGGAUGAUCGGGGUCACCAGGGACGCCGAGGGUAAGGUAGCCUACCGUCUGGCCCUUCAGACCCGGGAGCAGCACAUAAAGCGGGACAAAGCGACCAGCAACAUCUGCACGGCACAGGCGCUGCUGGCCAAUAUGUCUGCCAUGUAUGCCGUCUACCACGGACCGGCGGGCAUCGAGAAGAUCUCAAAGAAAAUUCACAACGCGACGCUGCUCCUCGCCAAGGGCCUUCGUGACGAGGGCCACGAGAUUCUGAACCCCCUGUUCUACGACACGCUGAAGAUCAAACCCAAGGUCUCCCACCAGGAGAUCAGGGAGCGGGCCAUCCAGAAGGAGAUCAACCUUCGCUACUACGAUGAUGGAUGUGUGGGCCUGUCGAUGGACGAGACGGUGGAGGCCCACGACAUAGACGACCUUCUCUGGGUGUUCGAGUCGUCCAAGACGGCCGACGACGUAGCUGCCCUGGUGGAGACCGAGCACAUCGAGGGGAGUCUGAUGGACACCGAGUUCAGGCGCACGUCCACCUACCUGCAGCACCCAGUCUUCAGCGCGCACCAGUCGGAGACGCAGAUCGUCCGCUACAUGAAGAGCCUCGAGAACAAGGACGUGUCCCUGGUGCACUCGAUGAUCCCACUGGGCUCGUGUACGAUGAAGCUGAACAGCACGACAGAGAUGCAGCCGUGCAGCUUCCCUCACUUCACCGAGCUGCACCCGUUCUGUCCUCAAGAGCAGGCGCAGGGCUACAAGGAGCUGUUCGAGGAGCUGGAGCACGAUCUGUGCGAGAUCACCGGCUACGAUAAGAUCUCCUUCCAGCCCAACAGCGGCGCCCAGGGCGAGUACGCCGGCCUGCGGGCCAUCAUGUCCUACCUCAAGGCCAAGGGCGAGGGCCACCGGAACGUCUGCCUGAUCCCGACCUCCGCGCAUGGCACCAAUCCGGCCUCGGCGCAGAUGGCCGGCAUGAAGGUGCAGGCCGUCCAGGUACUGAAGGACGGCAGUGUCGACCUCAACCAGCUGAAGUCGAAGUUCGAUAAGCACAAGGACGACCUGGCCUGUCUGAUGAUCACCUACCCGUCUACUAACGGCGUAUUCGAGGAGUCGAUCGCUGAGGUGUGCGCCGACGUACACGCGCACGGCGGCCAGGUGUACCUGGACGGUGCCAACAUGAACGCCCAGGUGGGCCUGUGCCGGCCCGGCGACUACGGAUCGGAUGUCUCCCAUCUGAACCUGCACAAGACGUUCUGCAUUCCCCACGGCGGCGGCGGGCCCGGCAUGGGACCCAUUGGAGUGAAGGAGCACCUGGCACCGUUCCUGCCCUCGCACCCGGUCGUUGACCCCAUGGCCGGGGUCAAGUACGCCCAGAGUUUCGGCGUGGUGUCGGCGGCGCCGUACGGCUCUGCCCUCAUCCUACCCAUCUCCUGGGCCUAUAUCAAGAUGAUGGGCUACAUGGGUCUGCGGAAGGCCACCCAGGUCGCCAUUCUGAACGCAAACUACAUGAAGAAGCGGCUGGAGAACGACUACAAGAUCUUGUUCACGGGGCCGACCGGCAUGGUGGCCCACGAGUUCAUCGUCGACUGCCGCGAGUUCAAAAAGUCGGCCGGCAUCGAGGUGGUGGACAUCGCCAAGCGCCUACAGGACUACGGGUUCCACGCGCCGACCAUGUCGUGGCCCGUGACCGGCUCCCUGAUGAUCGAGCCCACAGAGUCCGAGGACAAGGACGAGCUGGACAGAUUCUGCGACGCCCUCCUAUACAUCCGUGAGGAGCUGCGCGACAUCGAGCAGGGCCGGAUCCCGGCGGCCGAGAGCGCCCUCAAACACUCUCCACACACCCAAGCGGCCGUGCUCAACGACCAGUGGUCGCGACCCUACCCGCGCCGCCAGGCCGCCUUCCCAGCGCCUUUCGUCCAGCCCGGCAACAAGAUGUGGCCCACAGUGGCCCGCAUUGAUGACAUCUACGGCGACCGUAACCUGGUCUGCACGUGCCCGCCCAUGGAGGCGUACGACUCGCCGUUUGAGGGAGAUGAGCCGGCCCGUGCCGCCGGCUGAGGGUGGAGAGGAGACGGAGGGAGAGACAGGAAGAUGGAAGGGAUGGGAAGAUGGUGGGGAGACGAAGGAAGACGGCGAAGUGAUGAGCACUUUGAACUUGCUGUCUGGCACCGUCGAUAUGAUUUUCUGAUACUGAUGUCUGAUAUUGAUGUUGAAAUGGCCAAUGAGACGUGCGACGGGCAAAGUCUUUGACUUACAGACUGUUUCAAAAUAUGCUUGAAGGUAUGAGGGUACGAUCGAGGGAUAUGUGCGCGGCGGAUAUUUUUUGUGGUGUUAGUUCUGAAUGAACUACGGGACGAUGUGCAAUGGACUGAUCUGAAAUUAAUGCAGAGACGUAUCUUCAGACUUUUCAUAUGACCCCACCGAAAACGAGGUGCCCUGGGUUUUGUAUGAGUGGUGUUACAGUUCGCUGCGCUCUGUGUCUUAUAUAACCGUCAUACCGCUGCGACGCGAUCAGAGUCGAUUGUUUAUUUCGUCCAGUCGAGUGACGCGUGUCAGUGGGUCAUGGCCGACCCAGCACGCGGGUCUUUCGUGUCGGCCGGUCGGGGGUGAACCGCUAUCGGCGUGCUUCUGUUUCCGAGGUCGCUUCUGUUUAUCAUAUUGUGUACCAUGACUUGUGAGCUGUAACAGUGCUUCAAUACAACAUUCAUCUGACG